AUGUUACGAGUUUCUGAAAAUAGUCUACAUUUGCUGCAGAGAUGCCAUUCGAUUCACGCAAGCGUGUUGAGAAGAUUUCUAAGUACACAUGUAAAGGAGGGAAAAGUUCCCCUAGAUGAUGCUGGCAUUAUCCCUGACGGAACUAUUUAUGAAAGACGGAACCAACAUAUAGAAGGAAUUACCAAAGAGAGCGACCUGGAACUCUUAGAAAAGGGUAUAAGGAAAUCGGACGAAAUGACUUCCAAUUUCACAAACUAUAUGUAUAAAUUUCACAGACUUCCUCCUAAUUAUGGGAGCAAUCAGCUCAUCACCGUCGAAAAGGAGCUACAGAAGGAACUGGAUGGAGUUAUGGCAACAUUUAAGGCCCCAUGCAGGUUUGCAUUUGGCUACGGCUCAGGUGUUUUCGAGCAAGCGGGGUAUUCCAAGAAAAGUAGUAAACCACAAAUCGAUAUUAUAUUGGGUGUCACAUAUCCAUCACAUUUCCACUCCAUUAAUAUGAGACAAAAUCCUCAGCAUUAUUCCAGCUUGAAAUACUUUGGUUCCGAGUUCGUUUCUAAGUUCCAGCAGAUUGGUGCAGGUGUGUACUUUAACCCGUUUGCCAAUAUAAAUGGGCAAGACGUAAAAUAUGGUGUUGUUUCUAUGGAAACACUUUUAAAGGAUAUAGCUACCUGGGAUACAUUCUAUUUGGCGGGGCGAUUACAGAAGCCUGUGAAAAUAUUGAAGAACGAUUUAAGGGUACAAUAUUGGAACCAGCUAAACUUGAAAGCCGCGGCUACAUUAGCCAAGCAUUAUACCCUAGAGAAAAAUAACAAUAAGUUUGAUGAGUUUCAAUUUUAUAAGGAGAUCACCGCUUUGAGUUACGCAGGUGAUAUUAGGUAUAAACUGGGUGGAGAGAAUCCUGACAAAGUCAACAACAUUGUUACUAAAAACUUUGAAAGAUUUCAAGAGUAUUACAAACCCAUUUUCAAAGAGGUGGUCCUAAAUGAUUCAUUUUAUCUUCCAAAAGGAUUUACUUUAAAAAAUACUCAAAGACUUUUACUCAGCCGUAUAAGUAAAUCAAGUGCAUUGCAAACCAUCAAAGGGGUUUUCACAGCUGGAAUCACUAAGUCAAUCAAGUAUGCUUGGGCCAAAAAACUGAAAUCGAUUAAAAGAAGUUAG